CCGCAAAUUUUUUUUUUUAAAAAAACGUACAAAAUAUUUGUGUAUCUAUAAUAAGGCAAUUAAAGUGAGGAGACUGUUGUUGAAAGAUGCACUCUCUCAGUUCUAGCGGUGCUGCAAUAAGCUCUUUGUGCCGUGUUAAGAGUGAUGAAGGAAGUAAACAGGAGCUCGGCGUCAUAAAAGCAGCGGCGGCAGCAGCAAAAGCGAAAGGAUCCCCGCCGCAAAGGGGAGAGAAUGAGCCCGGUUACCCGCCUCCUCCUCCUCCUCUCACACUGGAGGGAAGCGCUCCGCUCCGGCUAGAGAGACCGCACUCAUUCACCACCACUCACAACAGAGGGGAGCAGGAGGCACAGCGACUGGUCGCGGGGCAAGUGCCCGGUCACUCAGGACGCCGGUAUCCUGUCCUCUGGCGUUGCUUUUUAAGUAAAAGCACAACUCUACAGAUGUGCAAUUAUUUCAGAAUGGAGCAGAUGUUCUGACAGCCUCGUCUGGUGACGGUGAGCGGCACUUGAUCUUUCUGCAUAGCGGUUAACCAAGUUCACAGACCAUAGUUCCUCAACCUUGCUGCCAGCUUCAGAAAUAAUUCAUCACGUUCUCCUCUCUCCUUUUGCCUUGAGUAGAAUACCAAUGGGGGCAGGGAAGAGAUGAAUUAUAAGUCACAAGGAAUGUUUACCCUCACAGAAGUUGCAUCUCUUAAUGACAUACAGGCAACCUAUCGAAUCCUGAAGCCAUGGUGGGAUGUAUUCAUGGAUUAUUUAGCCAUUGUAAUGUUGAUGGUAGCUAUCUUUGCGGGCACCAUGCAGCUGACCAAAGAUCAAGUCGUGUGUCUUCCUGAGCCCCUACCAGAUGAGAGGUCGGAAACCCAGCGCAGUGUCACUGAGAGCCCUACGAAAAGUCCCAAAACAUCUAUCAUACCAGAUUUAGAAAGCGUUACGUCUUCAAGAGGGAGCCGGAAUCAUGCUUCUGGGGGAGCGUUUGAAAGCACGUCUACAAUAACCGUUGACCUACCUGAUGAUGUUGAGCAUUCUGUACAAAGAGGCCCUUUCAACUUUGGGCGCCCAACAAACUUGGAGUACCAGCAAUAUAUUUUCAUCAAUCAGAUGUGCUAUCAUAUGGCCUUGCCUUGGUACUCCAAAUACUUUCCCUACCUUGCUCUAAUCCAUACACUCAUCCUGAUGGUCAGUAGCAAUUUCUGGUUCAAGUAUCCCAAGACCAGUUCGAAGAUCGAACACUUUGUUUCUAUACUGGGCAAGUGUUUUGAGUCUCCCUGGACCACAAAAGCACUCUCUGAAACUGCGUGUGAGGACUCGGAGGAGAACAAGCAGCGCUUUAAGACCUCUGUGGCAAAGCAUUUAUCAACUGGCAGCGAGGAAGAAAGCCCUUGCUCCAGCACACCCAUGAUAUCCAGGACUGGGCCUAAAUUUUCAGCUGAGAAACCAGUCAUUGAAGUUCCCAGCAUGACUAUUUUGGACAAGAAAGAUGGGGAGCAGGCCAAAGCCCUUUUUGAGAAAGUUCGUAAGUUCCGUGCUCAUGUUGAAGACAGUGAUUUGAUAUAUAAACUCUAUGUUGUCCAGACAGUCAUAAAGACAGUGAAGUUAGUGUUUAUUUUAUGUUAUACACUUACUUUUGUGACUUCUAUAAAGUUUUAUCAUAUCUGCAAACCAGAAAUAGAACAUUUGACUGGAUAUACUGAAUUUUAUUGUACUCACAACAUGGCUUUUAUGCUGCGAAAAUUAUUAAUUAGUUACAUUGCACUCAUAUGUGUUUAUGGACUGGUUUGUAUGUACACUUUGUUUUGGUUGUUUAGGCGGCCCUUAAAGGAAUACUCGUUUGAAAAGGUCCGUGAAGAAAGUAGCUUUAGUGACAUUCCAGAUGUUAAAAAUGACUUUGCAUUUCUGCUGCAUAUGGUUGAUCAAUAUGACCAACUUUACUCGAAGCGCUUUGGAGUCUUCCUGUCAGAGGUGAGUGAAAACAAACUGCGGGAGCUCAGUUUGAACCACGAAUGGACUUAUGAAAAACUCAAACAGCAUGUCUCUAGGAACCCUCAGGAGAAGCAGGAGCUACACCUUUUCAUGCUUUCCGGGGUGCCUGAUGCUGUGUUCGACAUGACAGAGCUGGAGGUACUGAAGCUAGAGCUGAUUCCUGAGGCAAAAAUUCCUGCCAAAAUUUCCCAAAUGACAAAUCUUCAGGAAUUGCACCUUUACCAUUGCCCCGCUAAAGUGGAGCAAACUGCCUUCAGCUUCCUCCGGGACCACCUUAGGUAUCUGCACAUCAAGUUCACUGAUGUUGCAGAAAUUCCCACCUGGGUCUAUUUGCUUAAAAACCUGCGUGAACUGUACCUAGUUGGUAAUCUGAACUCUGAAAAUAAUAAGAUGAUAGCUCUAGAGUCACUUCGAGAAUUAAAGCACCUGAAGAUCUUGCAUCUGAAGAGUAAUCUGACCAAAGUUCCUUCAAACAUCACUGAUGUUGCGCCCCACCUCAUCGCACUGCUGGUUCACAAUGAUGGAACAAAACUUUUAGUACUGAACAGCUUGAAGAAGAUGAUCAAUCUAACUGAGCUGGAACUGCAGAACUGUGAACUGGAACGGAUCCCACAUGCCAUUUUCAGCUUGACCAACUUGCAGGAACUGGACUUGAAAUCCAACAACAUUCGCACAAUCGAAGAGGUGAUAAGUUUUCAACAUCUGAAGCGCUUGACAUGCCUUAAGCUUUGGCACAAUAAAAUCAUCACCAUCCCUUCAUCCAUCAGCCUGGUGAAGAACCUCGAGCUGCUUUACCUUUCUCAGAAUAAACUGGAAUCUCUCCCAGUGGCUCUUUUCACUUUGCAGAAGUUGAGGUAUCUGGAUGUAAGUCACAAUUCCAUUGCUAUCAUUCCAGUGGAGAUCAUGUCCCUCCAGAAUUUACAGCAUUUUGCAAUGACGGGAAACAGAGUGGAAAUUUUGCCAAAGCAGGUUUUUAAGUGCACAAAGUUGCGGGUUUUGAACGUGGGCCAAAACUGCAUCACUUACAUUUCAGAAAAGGUUGGCCAGCUGGUGCAGCUCACGCAGCUAGAACUGAGAGGGAACUGUCUGGACAGACUUCCAGCAGAUUUAGUCCACUGCCGCCUUCUGAAGAAAAGUGGGCUUGUCGUUGAGGAUCACCUCUUUGACACCCUGCCCUCUGAGGUUAAAGACCUCUUUAAUCAAGACUUUAACUCAAACUCAACGUUUGGCACAGGAAUAUAAAUUAUUGAGCAAAGCAUAUGUAGGAGCUUUGGACCUGAAUGUUUGUUUGCUCGUUAACUGGAAAAAAAUGUAUAAAUUAGAUCAAGGUACUUAAAACAUGGCAACUGUUUAAAAACUAGAUAAGGUGAUGCUGGUUUUUUGCCCUGAAAAAGCGCUCAAAUCAUUGUAAUAAAUUGUAACCAAUUAAUUAACUGUUGGUCACUGGUUGUCUUAUACAAGUCUGUCAAUGACUGAAUAUUUGUUCAUGUAUCCAUGUUUGUAAAUGGAUGUGAUUUUAAUUUAUUCCUGACACUUCAUUUUUCAUAACCUGUUGAAGACUGCUCUCUAGCCACUCCAAAUGCAUGGCCUCUUUCAGUUUUGCUGCUAAUCUGGCCAUUACAAAAUUUGUGAGUGAGCACCAGUGCAUCUUAAACACUACUUUAUUUUCCUCCUUGUGGGAGCCAGCAAACUGGCUCCUCUCUUUUACAAGCCCAAUUAAGAUUAGAAGUUUGUCAUGUUGGACAUAAACCCGUAUUUUGUCUCUCUGGUAUCACAUCACCUGUUUGUAGUCUGUAUUUCUGUAGGAAGAGAGUUAAGUUCCAGGCUCUAAACUGUGUGGAUUUAGCACAGAAUGUGCCAAUAUCUAGCUCCUAGCACCAAUUUCAGCUGUUUCUAAAUAAAAGAAAACAAAUUUA